GGCGGGGGUUGGGGGCUGGCGCGGCGGGCGCCGCUCAGUCCUAGCUGCGGCAGGAGCGGAGCGGAGCCGGGACGUGGCUGGGGCUCAUGGCCUGGCCGAAGCAACGCUACGAGAGAAUUCCUUCUGUGAGCUGGCAGUCCCAGAACAGCACGGGCCCUACGGCCCGCUCCCGUCCGUUCGCUUCCACGCAGCAUCCAGCCCUGAGAGCUGCCCAGAACAGUGCAGUCACUGAGACCAGGCCUGCAUUUGGCGUGAAGGGAGGCAAGCAUGUCUGAAGAGAACCUCCUGAGCAUGGAUGAGGGAGCCCUCCGGAAACUGCUGGAGGCCACGCCGGACCUCGCUGAGCGGCGCCAGAUCCGCUCGGCCAUCCGGGAGCUGCGGCGCCAGGAGCUGGAGCGGGACGAGGAGGCUCUGGCAUCCAAGCGCUUCCGCUCGGAGCGCGGCAGCCGCCGGCAGGAGAACAAGGAGAACUGGCUGCGGUCUCAGCGGCUGGAGGAAGAGCAGCAGAAAUCCCUGGCGCUGCUCUCCGGGAAGCUCGACUCCAUCACGGACGUGGAGGAGCUGACGGCUCUGCUGCGAGGAGCCGACGAGUACGAGGAGCGCAAGCUGAUCCGGGCCGCCAUCCGCAAGCUGCGGGCCAACGAGAUUGAGGCUGCGGCCUCGGCAGGGAGAGCCCACAACAGCCGGAAAGGGGAAAAGGAGCCACUGGCCUCCAAGGGGAAGGAGAGCUCGGAUGGGGGCAGCUCGCCGGCACAGCUAGAGGACCUGGAGGAGCGGGAGCGCAUCCGGGCUCAGAUCCGGGAGCUACGCAGUGAGCAGAGGGGAGAGCCCCACAAACCAGAUGCCCAGGACCCGGCCUCGGGGACCCUGCUGCUCCUGGACCCGCUGCAUCCCCCGUGCUGCUCCUCGUCCUUGGAGCUGGAGCCGCAGCGGAGAGCCGAGCCCCUGGAGCGCAGCUCCCAGAGCCCUGAGCCCGGCCCAGGGGCAGAGCAGCCCUGCACACAGGAGGGGGACGGCGAGGGGCUCGGCCAGCCAGAGGCAGGGGGCAGUGGGGAGCCCAGCCAGGGCGGACCAGAGCAGCAAGAGACACCUGCUACCACGGGCGACAGCUGCCCAGUGGAGGAGACUCGCCGGAGGCUGCCCAGCGACGGGAACCAGAGCAGCCAGGUCAGCAUCUGUGUCAAAAGCCAAGUGCCCGAGAAGCCGGCCAGCUCUGCCAACAAGACGACGCGAGCUGCACCCACCCAUGAUGUGCCAGGAACCCCUGCCCGCCAGGACCUCCACCGCUACACCCACAUGCCGUCUGCACCGUACUCCCCGCUCCCGGCCCGCAGCGCUGAGCCCGCGCGGGAGCAGCCCUUCCAGAGAGCCAACUCGGUGCGGGAGCGCGUUCGCAAGUUCACCUCGGACUCCCUGGCCCAGCCUGGUCCCAGGUCCUGCAGCCAGAAGUGGGAGAGCCCUGGCAAAGGCUCUUGGGUCCUGCAGCAGCAGCUCCUGCGUCCCCAGGGUGCCUGUAGUUCCCAGGCGGCCAGUGCCCAGCGCACAGCAGACUUACCCAGUGGUCCCCGGUGCGGACUCAGCCCGGCGCCACCAGGCCAUGCUGCCCUCCGGGGAGCCAAGGAGGGCUCAGGGGGCCCCCCAGCCAGCAGCCGUGCAGAGCACCACACCUCCUCCUCGGAGGCACAGGCUGCGAUGGCCGGGGGCCCAGCCUGCCCUAAAGAGGAGGGCAGCUCUGUGGGGAGGAGCCAGGCUGGCCAAUCGCAGGGCGGCCGGCUGACGUCCCCCCAGAGGCCCAUUGAAAAUGCCGAGGGAAGCUCGUCCGGCACAGAGGAGCCUGGUGCCCAGCACGCUGCCUCUCUACCCAGCUGCCCGGCCCAGCCCCAGCCUCCUGCCUGCGGCACCAAGGCCAGCGCCAGGGACGAGGACACCAUGAAAACGCUCUUCACCAUCGAGAUCAAGGAUGGCAGGGCCCAGCCCGUGAGCAACCGCAUCGUGGGCGUGCCGGGCAGCCAGCGGGCAGAGCUGACCCUGGGGCUGCGGAGCUCACCCAUCCGGAUCAGCAGCAGCAGCACCGCUAGCGGCACCGGCAGGGUCAGCACAGCCAGCAAGAUGGAGGCGGAGCUGGUGGAGCAGCCCCAGGUGCCGGUGCCAGAGCCGGAGCUGCCCAAUGGGAUGGAGAAGGCCCAGGCGAGGGAGCCGGAGAAGAGGAACAAGCUGAGCGCUGAGGAGCUGAGCAGGAUCGAGGAGGAGGACGUGCUGGAUAAGAUGCUGGACCAGACGUCGGACUUUGAGGAGCGCCGGCUGAUCCGCUCUGCCAUGCGGGAGCUGCGUCAGAGGAAGAGAGAGCAGCGAGACAAGGAGCGGGGCCAGCGGCUGCAGGAGGUGAAGAGCCAGGCUGCAGCGGGGAAGACAGGCCAUGCCACCGAGACCACCACCCGGCAGAGCGCCCAGUCGGCUGAUGGCUCGGCCCGCCACACGCUCACCAAAACUGAGCACCUCGUCCAGUCCAAAGACGGCACCAAAACCUCCCGGAUGACGACAGUGGAGUCGAGCUACACAAAGAGAUCGGACAAUGGCAGCACGUUUGUCCAGACCAAAUCCUCCUACAGCUCCUCGUCCAAGAAGGUGGGCAGCAUCUUUGACCGCGAGGACGAGAGCAGCUCGCGCCAGGGCAGUCUGGCCGCUCUGGAGCGGCGCCAGGCCGAGAAGAAGAAGGAGCUGCUGAAGGCUCAGAUUCUGCCCAAGACGUCGGCCACACAGGCGCGGAAGGCCAUGAUUGAGAAGCUGGAGAAGGAGAGCGGGAGCCCCUCGAGCCCGGCCAUGUCGCGGGUGGCCGUGCAGCGCUCCUCCAGCUUCGGCGUCCCCAACGCCAACAGCAUCAAGCAGAUGUUGCUGGACUGGUGCAGAGCGAAGACCCGGGGCUACGAGCACGUGGACAUCCAGAACUUCUCCUCCAGCUGGAGCGACGGCCUGGCCUUCUGCGCCCUCGUCCACAACUUCUUCCCCGAGGCCUUCGACUACACACAGCUGACGCCCCAGAACCGCCGCCGCAACUUUGAGGUGGCCUUCUCCUCGGCAGAGAUGCUGGUUGACUGCAUGCCCCUGGUGGAGGUGGAAGACAUGAUGAUCAUGGGGAAGAGGCCAGACUCCAAGUGCGUCUUCACCUACGUGCAGUCCCUCUACAACCACCUGCGGCGCCAUGAGUUACGCUUGCGGCAGAAAGAGUUCUAGAGCCCCCUCCCCGUCCUGCCCCUGCUGCCCUGGGCACGGCUGCAGCGUGAAUAGACUCCCGCUGCCCCCCUGCAGGGACCCAGGUGUGCAGAGGGGGGCUGCCCGCCCCCAGCAGACCUGCCCAGCCACCGGGCUGCCCUGAGGGGCCUGGGUGAGGCCGAGAGACUGGCCCUGCACUGUCUGUGCUCUGGCCCCUCUGUCCAUGCUACAAGCUCCCUCCAGCUGCUCCUCUGCCCCAUGGCAAGCUGAGCCCCCCCUGGUCCCGGCCUGGUCCCCCUGCCAGCUUGGCUCUCACCCCCCCUGCCCUGUGCUUUAUAUAGUAUUGUUUUAAGUUAUUCAUGUUAAAGGAAUUGUUUUUAUGCUGUGCAAUACACCCCCCCCCCCUCCCCCGGGCUGGGAGAGCCCUGUGUACAUCUCAGGCUGGCUGUGGGGCCAAGGCCCUGCCCUCUCUGGCUGUGGCCCUGGGCGCCACCUGGUGCUGUAGACACCUGGCCCAGGGCCUUGUCGCUGGAGUUAGGUGGGCAGGUGAGGGAGCGGCCUGGGUCUCUGGAUGCAGCAUACGUGGGGGGGGGUUCUCUGCCCUCGGGGGAGGUGCCCUCCAGAAGGAUGCUGCUCACGCUUCUGCUUGCAGCCCUCUCCCUUGGCAACUUCCACGCUCAGCACUGUGCCCACCCCUGGGGGCAGUUCCCCCAUUGGCACGCUGCUGCCUGCUGCUCACCCCCACGAGGCACCGCCAUUGCUGGGACCCACAGCCCCUUUGCCCUGGGGAGCUGGACUGGAACCUGGUGAGGGGGUGGGCUCCUGGGGCACAGGCCCUUCCCAGUGGGGCAGCCCCCCGGGGCUUGGUUUGGUACCUUCCACUUGAUUCCCAGCCCUCCAACCUGACUCUGGGCCCUUUGCACUCAAGUGCCACUAGCCAAUUGUGUAACCAUUUCUACACCUGCAUAGACACUUGUAUCACCACCAGCCCAACAAUAAAGUUGUGUUAUACAGGG